AUCAAGAGGGGGUAAUUUCAACGGUUCUAGUUCAUUUGUGAGGCACGAAAGAAGACGAGGAACACAGUUUGAGCUUGGUCACCUUCAAAUCUUGAAGGGCCUGAAAUCUGAAGUAAUUUCUAGCCUCAACGUGCUAUAAACCAUCCCAAGACGUUGUCCAGGUGGAACAACAACCUUCAUGGUCAAAAUACUUGCACAAUUACUUCACGAUCAAACCCUGAAACUUCUCAAUAUCCCCCAGCAUACGAAAACAAAAUCCAGAAACAGAAAUGUUUAGUGUUCAACUGAGGUUUCCGGACGCUACAAUCUUCCAAUUCCCUUCUUUUACGGUUCACCGUCAGCCUCAAUUGGCUUCUAAAUCUUCACUUGUUUCUUUGUCUUCCUCUUCUUCAUGGCGCCGAGCGACUGCAUCGGAUGCUCAUAAUGAAACAUCUGAAUCACUUGAGAGAAGAUGGGAUAGCCUUGGAUUCAAUCCUGUGAAAACGGACUAUGUUUAUGUUAUGAAAAGUUCUGAAGACGGGAGCUUUUCGAAUGGCAGCUUAAGACAUUAUGGGAAUAUUGCAUUAAUUCCAUCGGCUGCUGUCUUGAACUACGGGCAGGGGAUUAUUGAGGGUCUGAAAGCUUACAGGAAACAAAAUGGAUCUAUUAUACUUUUUCGUCCCGAGGAAAAUGCAUUGCGGAUGCAGGUAGGUGCAGAGCGAAUGUGCAUGCCUGCACCAACUAUUGAACAGUUUUUGGAAGCUGUAACAACUACCGUAUUGGCGAAUGAACGCUGGGUCCCUCCUUCGGAUAAAGGCUCUUUACACAUUCGACCUCUACUUUUUGGGAAUGGACCUGUUCUUAGUGUCACACCGGCACCUGAAUUCACCUUUUUGAUCUAUGUUACACCAGUUGGGAAUUAUUUUGAGGGUGGUUGGAAACCAAUUAAUCUGGUAGUUGAAAAUGUAAUACAUCGUGCAACCCCUGGAGGAGUUGGAGGCAUAAAAGCUAUAGGGAACUAUGCUGGGAUUAUGAAGGCACAGACUGAAGCCAAAGCUAAUGGUUUUUCUGAUGUUCUGUAUCUUGACUCUGUUCACAACAGAUAUCUUGAAGAGGUCUCUACCGCUAAUGUUUUUGUUGUAAAGGAUAAUACAAUAUGCACUCCUGCUCUACGAGGAACAAUUCUUCCCGGAAUUACAAGAAAAAGUAUUAUUGAGAUUGCUCAAAGCCAGGGUUUCAAGGUUGAGGAGCGACUUGUGUCGGUUGAGGAAUUGUUUGAUGCUGACGAAGCCUUUUGUACUGGGAAUGCCGUUUGUGUAAUGCCUGUUGACAGCAUUACUUUGAUGGAAAGAAGAGAGAACCACAAGGAGUCUUAUGAUUUUCGCGCUGCUCAAUCGAGUUAUUGCAGGGUGGACUAUGGAGAGAGUAGAUUUGUGGUGUCUCAGCAGCUCUACUCAGCACUUACAAAUACACAGAUGGGUCUCACAGAAGAUAAAAUGGGUUGGACUAGAGUGUUGUUGAUCUAGUUAAAAGAGACUAACAUAUGCCCCAGUUCUCUUCUCAAAGUAUUUAACAUUUACAUUGUUGAAUAACCAAAUGCAAAUCAGUCAAGCUGCCCAUAAAUCUAAAUGUAAAUUUCUACACCUCUCGUGUUUAUGCUUUUGUAAUAAGGGGUUGAUGUGAAAAAUGUAAAACAACUUCUUUU